AUGGCGGGUGUCGCGACAGCAGCAUAUUCUGGAGAUGCCUUAGCAUCGCCUGUGGAUGACUCGCAGUGGGAUUUUGCAGUGCCACUAGGACACGAGGAAAACUACAACACCAAACUACGCAACUCGCACGACUCGAAUUCCAUCCGCCCAAAAUCUCUUCGGAAGCGUAACUCGAACGGCUCACAUAGCUCCUCGCUCUCCCGUGCCGUCAACGCACACGAAUCACCGUAUUUGGGCUCGAACAGAGGACGCAGGGAUCGGAGUCUCACUCGACAUGGGAGCGAGAUGGGCAGUGUGAAAGAUGCUACUGGAUACGAUACAGUUGUCCGUAAAGAGCCCGAGGAGACCAGGGAUGGUCUGAGGUUGUACCUGGACGUGCAUACGAACCAGGAAAAAUGGAUCCACCGGGACAAGCUGGCAAAGAUCGAGAGCGAGGAACUCCACCAGGCGGCCAUUCUCUUCCAACGACGGAUGAGAGGAGAAAGCAAAUCGAGUGCGGGACGUGGGAGGAGUCACGAGGCACAUCAGAGCGCUACGAACUGGACUGGCACGGUGACAUCGUCCACCGGAGAAUACUCCGAGCCAUGGCCGGACAUGGGGCAAGAUCGUACUCGGCACGUGGAUGACGAGGUAGAAGAGGAACGGAAACACUGGGAUCUCCGUCGACCGGAGGAGAUUGCGGCGGACGAUGCAGCCACCAGCAUCUACAGCCACGCGAGCUUUGGAAAAAGCGCCUCCCGAAUACCUAUUUCGACGGCCAGUCCGGUUCCAAUUCCCAUAGGCCGCGAUUCUCGCAGUUCACGGAGCCGCGCCGCCACAGAUGAAGAUGACCGGUCCUCACGCGGCCGUAGAGCCAGUGAACCUAUCAACGUUGAAAACAUUGCUUCGACUCCUUCGCCAGUAAGUCGACCAGGCAGCCGCGGGUUCAAUACCACACAGAAUACCCCCGGCAAGAAAACCCCUGGAAAGGCUGCAGGCUCCACCAAUCGCAAGACCUCUGCUCCGCCCACCAACAGGAAGGCAAGCACACCUCGAUCUCGUGCCGUCUCCGGCAACACCACCGCGCGACCUACCACCCGGUCCGGCGAGAGCCGCCCUCCAACUGCUGCAAAUCGACCCGAAGGAGAUCCGCCUUGGUUGGCAACCAUGUACAAGCCUGACCCUCGCCUGCCACCCGACCAACAGAUGAUCCCAACCGUCGCCAAAAAGAUCAUGCAGGAACAGUGGGAGAAGGAAGGUCGGACUCCAAACACUUACGAUCGCAACUUCGAGCCCCUGGCCGUGCAUGCCGUGGACGCACCACCUCCUGUCCCGACCCCGGCUGAGCCCGAACCGGAACAGCAGAAUAGCGAAUCCCUACAGCUUGAAGAAUUGCCACCUCAACCGUCAAAGAGCCCCGAACCGCGCCGCCCGAAUACGAGCACCGGCUACAGCACUAUGCCGAAGAUGCAAGAGACACCUCCAAUGGGGCUGAACCCCAACCCCAACUGGAACCCCCCUGUUGUCACCGCGCAGCCGCCAGAGAAGAAAGAGAAGGGCUGUGGAUGUUGCAUUGUGAUGUAA